AUGGACGUGCAAGUCGCAGGCACUGGGACAUCCUAUCCUUGGACUCGUCUCAUCCAGGGCCACAGUGGAAUAGUCGCGUUGGACCCAGAUAAGUACAAGAAUGUCCCUUGUAAAGUUGCUGCGUUGGUUCCCAGAGGCCAGAAAGAUGGUCAAUUCAAAGCUGAGAAUUUCGCCACUCGUGGGGAGAUAAACCGCAUGUCCCCCGCGACUGUGAUGGCGCUUGGGGCUGCACAGCUUGCCCUGGAGGACUCUGGUUGGUGUCCUGCUAGUGAAGAGGAGCAAUUGAACACUGGGGUGGCUGUAGGUAUGGGCAUGGUCUCGUUGGAGGAGAUCGCCCGCACGUCAUCGGCCUUCUACGACAAAGGCUACAACAAAGUGAGCCCCUUUUUUGUGCCACGCAUCCUGGUGAACAUGGCAGCUGGACACAUCAGCAUCAAACACAAACUCAAAGGUCCGAAUCAUGCCGUUUCCACAGCCUGCACAACCGGAGCACAUGCCGUCGGGGAUGCGGCCAGGUUCAUCGCACAUGGGGAUGCGGCUGCCAUGGUAACGGGCGGUGCCGAGUCCUGCGUGUGCCCCUUGUCCAUAGCUGGGUUUGCCAGGGCCAGAGCGCUCGCAACCAAAUGGAAUGACGAGCCAGAGAUGGCGUCGCGGCCGUUUCACCCAGAGAGAGAGGGAUUUGUGAUGGGGGAAGGAGCGGCGGUGUUGGUACUGGAGGAGAUGGAGCAUGCGGUGAAGAGGCAAGCCCGGAUGUAUGCAGAGGUGCUGGGGUACGGGCUGUCCGGAGAUGCCUCGCACAUCACUGCACCGAGCGCGGACGGAGACGGAGCCUUUAGGUGCAUGUCUGCUGCCCUGAAAGACUCCUCCGUCUCCCCUGCAGAGGUGGGUUACAUAAACGCCCACGCCACCUCUACACCGUUGGGAGACGCGGCCGAGAACGCUGCCAUAAAGCGGCUCUUCUCCCAGCACGCCCCUGCCCUGGCCGUGUCCUCCACCAAGGGGGCCACGGGUCACCUCCUGGGUGCGGCCGGGGCCCUGGAGGCGGCCUUCACGGCUCUGGCCUGUUACCACGGCGUCCUGCCCCCCACCCUGAACCUGGACCGCACUGAGCCCGAGUUUGACCUCAACUAUGUCCCUCGUAGCACGCAGCCGUGGAAGGCGUCGGGCCGAAGGGUGGCUCUCACCAACUCCUUUGGGUUCGGAGGCACCAACGCCUCGCUCUGUCUGGGCAGUGUGUGA